AUUAUUUGGAUAGUAGAAGAAGAAGAAGGGGCCGGAGGAAGAUCGCUUUUCUCCCCUUUCAUCAUCCCUAAUCUCUCCAUUGCAUUCCCCCGUUCAAUAACUCAUUCUUCCUCCGGCCAAUCCUUCCUCCAUCUCAAGCUUAAUCCUUAAAAAAUCCCACCCAUUUCUGAACUUUUCCGGCAAAUCGAAGACAUUCUUAACGGUGGAGGUUGAACAAAUCCUGGGUUUCUCUUUUUGUUGUAAUUGGAUCAAACAGGUCGGACUUUUCUCCCUUUCCUAAAACCCUUGUUUGCUAAAAAAAUAAUUCAAGAAUUAGAUACCCAAUUUAGCUGCAGAUCCACAAAUGUGGAUGUAAAGAGGUUAUAUUGUAGCUCUGAUUUGUGUGGGGGGGUAAUUAGGGACUGUGAACGAACCCAUUUCUUGAACCGUCAAGAAAUCUGAGAAUUUGAGGUUUAAAUUUUUUAUGGGUAAUUGCUGUAUUACACCAUCUGUUGAUGAAUCGGGCACUAAGAAAGGCAAACACAAGCAAAACCAAAACCCAUUUACUAUAGACUAUGGUACGAACCAGACAUCUCGAGAUUAUGUGCUUGUGUUGGAAAACCCAACCGGCAGGGACCUUGAGCAGAAAUACGAGCUGGGCAUUGAACUGGGUCGAGGGGAAUUCGGUGUAACUUAUCUGUGUACUGACAAAUCAACAGGAGAAAAGUUAGCCUGCAAAUCUAUUUCGAAAAAGAAGCUCAGAACUCGAGUGGAUAUUGAAGAUGUUAAGAGGGAGGUUGAGAUAAUGAAGCAUUUGCCUUCCCACCCAAACAUUGUGAGUUUGAAGGCCACUUACGAGGAUGAUAACGCUGUUCACUUGGUUAUGGAGCUCUGUGAAGGUGGUGAAUUGUUUGAUCGAAUUGUUGCAAGAGGACAUUACACUGAAAGGGCUGCAGCCAAUGUAACUCGAACAAUAGUCCAAGUCAUUCAGAUGUGUCAUAAACAUGGAGUUAUCCAUCGCGAUCUAAAACCCGAGAACUUUUUGUUUGCUAACAAUAAAGAAGCUUCAGCACUUAAGGCAAUUGAUUUCGGGUUAUCUGUAUUCUUUAAACCUGGCGAGAGAUUCAAUGAGAUUGUAGGAAGCCCAUACUACAUGGCUCCCGAGGUUUUAAAACGAAGCUAUGGUCCAGAGGUUGAUGUUUGGAGUGCUGGAGUUGUUCUUUACAUUUUACUUUGUGGUGUCCCACCCUUUUGGGCUGAGACCGAGCAAGGAGUAGCUCAAGCAAUCAUUCGCUCGGUUGUGGAUUUCAAGAGGGAACCGUGGCCUAAUGUCUCCGAUGGUGCCAAAGACCUUGUUAGAAAGAUGCUUGAACCUGAUCCCAAACGACGACUUACAGCACAUGAUGUUUUAGAGCAUCCAUGGUUACAGAAUGCCAAGAAGGCUUCAAAUGUGUCAUUGGGUGAAACUGUGAGAACAAGAUUAAUGCAGUUUUCUGUAAUGAACAAGCUCAAGAAGAGAGCAUUGAGGGUAAUUGCGGAGCAUUUAUCAGUCGAAGAGGCAACAGGAUUUAAGGAGGGAUUCAAAGUGAUGGAUAUCAGCAACAGAGGAAAGAUUAACGUGGAUGAGUUAAGAAUCGGUCUACAGAAACUUGGCCACCAAGUCCCUGAAACCGAUAUCCAUAUUCUAAUGGAAGCAGGUGAUGCUGAUAAAGAUGGAUAUUUAGAUUAUGGAGAAUUCGUGGCGAUUUCGGUUCACUUGAGGAAGAUGGGUAAUGAUGAGUAUCUGAGGAAAGCAUUUGCAUUCUUCGAUCAAAACCAGAGUGGAUACAUAGAGAUGGAUGAAUUAAGAGAAGCUUUGGUUGAUGAAGUUGACAACAAUAGCGAAGAAGAUGUUAUCAACGCGAUCAUGCAUGAUGUGGACACGGAUAAGGAUGGACGGAUAAGCUAUGAAGAGUUUGCAGCGAUGAUGAAGGCAGGAACAGAUUGGAGGAAGGCAUCGAGACAGUAUUCGAGAGAGCGGUAUAACAGUUUGAGCUUGAAAUUGUUCAAAGAUGGAUCACUUGAGUUAAAAGAUGAGGAUAGUUAACUGUGGAAACAUACCUCUUCUUUUUUCUUUCAAUUAUUUUCCCUCAAUUUCUCAUUCCUCGUGUCCUUUUUAUGAAAGAUUGCGAUUUUGAGGUUCACUUAUCUUUAUAAUAUUUCCUGUUAAUUCAGCCUAA